UUGAGUUGGAAAAGAAAAAAAAUUCUGAAAAAAAGGAAUAUCGUAUUGUUUUUACUCAGAAGAAUAUAUAUUGUUGUUAUGUUGUUUUCUACGAUUCUUCAUCGCCAUUUGAUUCAUUAAAUACUAGAAAAAAAUCAUGUUUUUAAUGAAACUAAAACAUUUUUCAUCACGUCCAUCAUCAUCAUCAUGGUUGAAUAUUAUUUGUAUGAUAAAAUCAAAUGAAUCGAUUCGUUAUUAUUCACGUCCAACAACUGGUGCAUUUUUAACCGAUAAAGAACGUGCAAGAGAUUUUCUUGCAUUAUUAAAUGUAAAUGAAAAACGUAUACUAUAUGAAGAGCUUCAAUCACAUCCCGAAUUGAUGCAAUCACCAAUUAUUACAGUCAUUGAUACUUCAAUACCGAUUGAUGAUCCAAAAAAACAACCUCCUAAUGCUAAUCAACUUGGUCAAGUAUUCCUAGCUCAAGCACUGCCAUUUAUUGGAUUCGGUUUUCUUGACAAUCUCCUGAUGAUUAUUGCCGGUGAUUAUAUUGAUCUGACAAUCGGUGUUGCUUUAGGCAUUUCAACAAUGGCAGCAGCAGGUUUAGGUAAUGCAUUAUCCGAUAUUGCCGGUGUUGGAUCAGCUUAUUAUGUUGAACAAUUAGCCAUCAAAAUCGGUGUUAAAACACCAAAACUAUCAUUAGUACAGCUUCAAAUGUCUCGUACACGUUGGACAAUGCAAAUUGGUAGAGCAUUUGGUGUAGCACUUGGUUGUUUAAUUGGAAUGUUUCCAUUAUUGUUUCUACCGCAUCGAUCCAAUCUUGGUAAUGAUGAUAAACAUCAAAAGAAACCAAAGAAUGAACAAACCGAAUAAAAUUGAUUCACCUUCCAGAGCAUCUUCAAUUCUAUCUAAUUUUUUUUUUGUUUUUGUUUUAAUUAUUGUAUAUAUCAUUUUAAAUUGUUUUUGUUUCAUUUUCAUUUUGAUUAUUGUUUAUUUUAUUUAUUUAUAUUGUUAUUCACCAAUUGUGCUUAUAGUU